CGUGGGAGUGAUCAAACCAUGUGUUUUUCGUAACUCUUAAUAACAUGAUAUAUACGCCCACGUGUGUGCCAGCACACAUUAUCCUGCACAAGGCGCUCUGGCGCGACGUCAAUGCGUUCGUUCAAUACGCGACUGAAUGUUCACUUGUUCCGGCUAUCUCAAAAUCCAAUGUCAACUUGAUAAAAGUGUAUUUACGUGGCAAUGUUGCCGAAUAACGGCCUGUCUCAUUACGUCACCUUUGUCAACCAUCACGGCUUAUCCGGGACACAUGCCGAGGAGGGGAGGCGCGGUAUCAGGGAGGAGAGGAAGAAGCGGGAAAGAGAAUUCUCAAGGUCAUCAAUAGGUUAAUUCGAAAGUCUCACGAUAAGAACAUUGAUUUCUUACUUCAGCCGAAGGGGGAAUUUCGAAUUUUUCCGAGGCUCCAGCCGCGGGUGCGUUUAUUUCGGGACACGGUGUAUAUGAGCACACUGAAGAUACACACACAUGUGCACGCGCGUGUACGAUCAUAACACAUCCGAGGAGUGUCUUUGAGUUCGAUGCUAGUGACCAUAUGACAUUCGUGGCCGGGAUGCGACAGUGAACGGCGGCGAUUCCUCGGCUCGCUCUCGCUCGGAAGUGUCAACGCGAAUGGAACGCUGCUGUUCGACCGCUGCAAUUCGCCGUGAUCCGUGACACGAUUCGUACGAGCGAGGGCACACGCGGCCGUGCUAAAUUUACAUUCCUAUCGUCGUGGGGCCGCUUCAACGUGCUGUGGUCUUCUGGUUUCGCCGUGGUUUUCCGUUACGCGUACGCGCAUCGACGUUCGUUGCGUGUCGUUGCGUUACCGCGAAUAGUUUCUCGUGAUAAGUAGCUAUAUGAUCGUUAUAUAAUUUAAUUCAUUUCAAUUUCAAGGGCGGAGAAAAGAGAGAGAGAGAGAGAGAGAGAGAGAGAGAGAGAGAGAGAGAGAGAAAGAGGAAGAAGAGCGAAUGCAUAAAUUUUACUGAAUAUAUAAACGAUGCACUUGACUCACCGUUAUCAGUAAUUACCGUAUUAUUUGCGGUGUAUUGAACAGCGCAUGACGGCGCGAGUUCUACAUAGUCUAGUGGUCGGUUACGUAUCCACUUUUCGAUUUCGUUUCGUCCUCUCGGAGUUCGAUUCUCGCGCUGCUAUACGUGAAGAGGUAACCGCAGGAUUGGACUGUUCAUUGGUUACUUUAAAUAUAAGUAUCGAAAAAAACUGAGGUAUCCUAACGAAUACUUAGAAUCUAGAUAUGCGUUGAGUAUCGAAUGUGUAAUUUGGUUUCCAUGUAUGUCCCAUUUUUCCACCUGUGCAUUAUCUGUCUGUAUUAAAUGUCUGUUGUCAUUAUCGCCCACUAGUCAUCGUGUGUCCGGCAUCGCGUGACGAUGUGCCAAUAAUUUGCGCUGCAAUUAGCUAAUUCAGCACUCGUCCCGACAUGUACUUUUUAAAACGAACAGUCAUCGCACACAGCCAUCAGCGCGCGUCAUUUUUUAAGAGCACUUUUUGGCGUCGGAAGUGGCCCCUUUUAAUCGCGCUAAUUUCGUGUGUUAUUCUUGUGGUGACACUCGUGAGAGUCUCGAUCGUCCGUGAAACAAACACGCCGAAACGUGACACGUAUCUGGACGACGUGGCCGAAGAUUUUUAUCGAGAAGUAUUGCGCAAGUGGUACAAUUUCUCCGAUGGUAAGAAAUGGUACAACGGGAUGAACAUGUCCACGCUGAGCCCGCAACUCUUUCGUCAGGUGUUGACGGAUAUUCGGCAAAACUGGUUGAUAUGGAACCACGAUCCCAACGAGUUAUACGUCCUUCAAGAACCGAACGUGGAAGACCCGUCGAUGGGGCAAUCGGCCGAGAUCCGCAAGAUAUUUGAGGAUAAGAAAAAUGGGUUUUUCAUAGAAUGCGGUGCGUAUGACGGCGAGACGCGCAGCAACACGUUGUACUUGGAGCGAUUUAGGGAAUGGUCCGGCCUUCUGAUAGAAGCGGAUCCCAUCAAUUUCACGAAAAUGCUGCAGAAGAACAGACGGGCUCACCUUUCGCCGACAUGUCUCAGCAUCACCAAGAGUCCCGCGCUGGCAUCCUUUCUCAUGGCGAGAAACUUGGGGCGUCUGCACGCGCCCGAGAACACGACGGGGGAUGUACCGACGAACACGGCCGACGUGGCAUACACCGGGGAGCACAUUCACGUGCAGUGCUUCCCAUUGACACUUUAUAUCGCCGCCUUGGGAAUCAAGACGGUCGAUUACUUCAGCCUCGAUGUCGAAGGCAACGAGAUCGAGAUCUUGGAGACAAUCCCGUUUAACGAGGUGGAUAUAAAGGCUCUCUCCGUGGAAUACAUACACAAUGCAAAGGGACAACAGUACAUGAUCGAUUUGAUGAACAGGCAAGGAUAUUACGUUCACAGCUUUGUGAAGCAAGAGCACAACUUGGCGAACGAUAUCAUUUUUGUCAAACGCGACACGUUACGAAAUACUGUGCGCGCAUAGGCGUGGUCGUUGACGUUCACUGAGAACUUCCUCUUUCGGUGGAUGAAACACUGAACAGCGAAUACCUAAUUGUAAAUCUCCGCACAAGUCCAUACCGGACGUUUCUACCUCUCGUAUUUUUACACGAAUACAGCUAAACGCAUAAAUUUCCAGUCUUUGACUUGGAGAAAGGAA